CGGCAUUGGGUAAGCUCGUCAACUCAACAGCUGCACAGUAAUUGGCGCUGUAGUGCCUAUUCUCUCUAAAAUAAUAAUAAUAAUAAUAUUAAUAAUAGUAGUUUUCUGUUUAGUCCCCGAGCUAUAUAAUACGGCAUCGUUGGAGUGAUACCACGCCAUCGGCAUCAGCGAAUACACUCACGGUCGUUUCUCAACUUUCGAAGAAGCUGAAAUGGCCCAACAACCAAUAAUGAUCUCGUUCAUGCGACCUCAGGCGUCCCCUCAUGCUCCGCUGAUCCAGCCGCAGACCGUCACAAUUCAACAGCAGGGCCCACCCGCACCACCGCCACCGCCGCCUCAGAUGUUAGUUGUCCAACAGCCAGCCCCACCACCUCCACCACCCCCACCACAACCAAUGAUUUUGUCAAUCAUGGGCCCACCAGCACCUCAAUCAACCCCGCCACAGCCAGUGAUUUUAUCAAUUAUGGGAGGACAACCGCCACAACCACAACAAUCACAACCACAACAACCACAACAGUUGCAGCAACAGCAGCAACGACCUCUAGCGCCACAGCCCAUGAUUUUGUCGAUUAUGGGAGGACAACAACAACAACAACAACAACAGCAGCAGCAACAACGAGCCCCUGCGUCGCAGCCCAUGAUUCUCUCGAUCAUGGGAGGACAGCAGCAGCAGCAGCAGCAGCAGCAGCAACAGCAGCAACAACAACAACAGCGCCAGCAGCCACAACAGCAACAACCUUUCCUGCUAUCGAUUAUGGGUGCACCACAACAGCAGGGUCACCUGGAACCUGCUGGUUCGCCGCCACAGAUCCAGGUUAUAGGCGCACCGGGGCCAGUACAGGGGCAACAAGCUCAAUCACAGCAGAGGCCGGUUAUGCUGUCGGUAAUGCAGGCGCCACCAGGUGCAGUGAGGACCCAAGCCAUUCCUCAGCCUAAGGUCCCUGUAGGCAAGUAAGACAGGCUGCAUUAGCUAGACUGUCAGCCUUCGGCUGCAGCCGAAGGCUGACGACAUGCAGCUAGCGGGGAUAUUAGAGCCGACGUUCUUACCAAUAAUUUGAAGCCGCCAUUGAAAUAAACUAUAACGACGAGACACCAUA